GGUUCUCUCGGGGGUAUAAAAGGAAAUUUCAGGGAGGAAGUCCUCCAUUUUCAUCGUUGCGAGGAUAAUGUCGCACAGGAAGUUCAGUGCACCCCGUCAUGGGUCUAUGGGAUUCUAUCCCAAGAAAAGAUCCCAGCGUCAUCGCGGAAAAGUUAAGGCCUUCCCUAAGGAUGAUCCAAGCAAGCCUGUUCAUUUAACAGCUUUUGUUGCUUAUAAGGCCGGUAUGACUCAUGUGGUCAGGGAAGCCGAUCGUCCAGGAUCGAAGGUGAACAAGAAAGAAAUAGUAGAAGCAGUUACUAUUCUCGAGACACCACCUAUGAUCGUGGUCGGCAUAGUUGGAUACAUAGAAACUCCUCACGGACUACGAGCUCUUACAACAGUUUGGGCGGAACAUCUUUCGGAAGACUGUCGCAGGAGGUUCUAUAAGAAUUGGUACAAGAGCAAGAAGAAGGCAUUUACAAAGGCUUCCAAAAAAUGGCAAGAUGAUCUUGGUCGUAAAUCUAUUGAAGCAGAUUUGAAAAAGAUAGUCAAAUACUGCAAAGUUUUACGAAUCAUUGCUCAUACUCAGAUGAAACUGUUGAAACAACGUCAGAAGAAAGCUCAUAUUAUGGAGAUCCAAUUAAAUGGUGGAACGAUUGAACAGAAAGUUCAGUGGGCACGCGAACAUCUUGAGAAACCUGUACCUGUUAGCAAUGUCUUCGCUCCUGAUGAAAUGAUUGACGUGAUUGGUGUUACAAAAGGAAAGGGAUAUAAAGGAGUUACAUCGCGAUGGCAUACAAAGAAACUACCGCGUAAAACACACAAAGGUUUGAGAAAAGUCGCUUGUAUUGGAGCCUGGCAUCCAAGCCGUGUGUCGUUCACCGUUGCGCGUGCGGGUCAAAAGGGAUACCAUCAUCGCACAGAGAUGAAUAAGAAAAUUUACAGAAUAGGACAGGGCAUUCACACAAAAGACGGCAAGAUCGUAAAGAAUAAUGCAUCAACGGAGUAUGAUCGUACCGAGAAGACCAUUACUCCCAUGGGUGGCUUCCCCCAUUAUGGUGAAGUAAACAACGACUUCAUUAUGAUCAAAGGUUGUUGUAUGGGUCCAAAGAAGCGUGUAAUCACGCUGCGCAAGUCCCUUUUGGUACAUACCAAAAAAUCUGCUUUGGAGAAGAUCAACCUGAAAUUCAUCGAUACCAGCUCCAAAUUUGGACACGGUCGCUUCCAGACCGCAGCUGACAAGGUUUCUUUCAUGGGACAACUUAAGAAAGAUCGUAUUCGUGAGGAACAAGCCAAAGCCUCAACUGCGGCGCCAUCUACGGCAGCAGCACAGUAAAACUGUUUAUGCUAUGUUGUAUGUGAUAAAAAAUAAAGUUCGUACGAACGGAAA